AUCCGCUAUGACGACCACGACCACUUACAAGGGGAUGGAUCCCAGUGGCCGCAGCAGCUCCAGGGUUCUUCGCCCUCCAGGUGGUGGUUCCAAUUUCUCCUUGGCAUUUGAUGAGCCAAAGGAGCAGCCAGUUAGAAGGAACAGGAUGGCAUCCAGCAUCUUUGGGACUCCAGAAGAGAAUCCACCUUCCUGGGCUAGGCCAACAGCAGCCAAGCCCAGUGAUGUGAGUGAAAGUUCUGAAGCACCUGGGUCCCAAAGAAGAAAAUCUUCUGAUGCAAACUGUGGUGACUAUACAGAUCCAAAGGGUGGAGAAGUCGAAGUUCCUGAAAACAUCGAAGCUGAAAUAGAAACCGCUUCAGGCCUGAGUGAAGAAAAGCCCCUGCCGGCUGCACCUGUUCCUAGCCCAGUAGCCCCUGCACCAUCUAGGAGAAACCCACCUGGUGGAAAGUCCAGCCUAGUCCUCGGUUGAACUUGAUUGUCUUGGCUCCUAACUACUUGGAACUCAUGUCUGUCAUCUUUUUCUUGUUUUCCUUCCAUGCUUGUGAACUGCACAACUUGAACCUGACUGUACAUCUCAAACUAUCAUUAAAAGAAGCACUUUAUGUACUUCAA